AUGAUUGUGCCCCUCCCCGCAAUUCUCCAUCAUCACAUCAUCUACCCAGCUCUUGAUAUGCUACGAAGUGCCGAUGCGGUGAGUUCUGUUCUCACGGCAAUCGGCACAGGUUACCUGGGUCGCGACUCGGUGGGGAGGGGAGAGUUGGCGAUCAACUUUGACCAGCCAUGA